AUGUGGCGGUGGGUUGCGGUGUGGUGCGCGUCGAUGUUAUCUGUGAGUGGGACGAUAGACUGGCGGCUAUUGAAUUCGAAAUAUUCAGGUUCACAGAUGGACUGCUUCGAUUACCCAGCAGAUGUUCCAUUUAGAUUCUAUGAACCAGGCUGGGGCCUACCGAGAAAAGUCUCUAAAUUUCACAUGACACCACCAAAAUAUCUACCUAGUCCGACACCGUUCAUAAACGUAGCAUCACGAAGAUUUGAUAUUUUUCUCUCCAACCGUGAAGACAUAGUAAAGGAACAUGCGAAAUUAGUGCAAGAUAUCAAUGGCCUUAAGCAAGUGAUGUUUGUUCCGCCUAUACCGGAUGAGUCGAGGGACUACGAUGACUCUAUAUUUCAUGAAAUCAUAGAGACGUCUACGACGACUACUCGACCACCCUCUACGAAACCUACUAAACCAUCAAAAGGGAUUCCAAUUCUGCUUGUAGGCGGAGCCAGCCGCAAGCACAGUGUUAAGAGUCAACCUUUCAAGGGUUCAAAUUCAAAACACACGAUAAGUUUAGUUGGGACAUCUGUGACCCCUUUGGUUAGAUAUAUGCAUCCGUAUGUGGUGACGACGUCAAAUCGUCAUCCAGUCAGAAUUUGCUUACCCUUAUCGUACCCAUCCACUACGCCUACUCCGAGCCUUUGGGAGCGACUUCUCAAAUCUAUAAUUCCUAGA